CUUUUUGCUAAAGCAUAUCAGGCACACUGCCUAGGCUGCUGGGGCCUUCCCAUGAUGCACUGGGCAUUUCUUUUUCAUUCACCUCUUUUGACUCUCCAUGUGUUUUUACACUUCAAUCAUUAUUCAUUCAUUUAAAUCUAUGGUUCUCUCCCAUGUGUCUUUUUUCCAGCCAGUCGUGGCAGAUGGCUGGUCCUCCCUGAGCCUGUUUUUUGCAGUUAAAAGGGAAUUUUUCUCUUACUGUUGCCAAGUGCUUGCUUAUAGGGUGGUGUUUGAUUGCACCAUAAGUUACAGUGGUGGUGUACCCCAGUGAGCCACGUUCGUUGUAUAGGGUUAACCCUGAAUUUACCUGAAUAAGAUGAAAUCUUGCAUCAUAGCAGAGGCCUCAGGUUCCUUAGCUUUAAAUAAGGUUUUUGUUUGUCUCAGAGGACAAAUUUUAAUUUGUGUUGUUCGUGCUGGCUUUUAACAAAAUAUGUCUCAUCUGGGCUUUUCCAACUUGGAAAGUAAAAACAUCAUACACCAGACUCUUUUUUUUAUCAAUGACUUUAACACACCCACAGACAAUCACGCGUAGUUAUAGCCACAGGGAGGUGCUGACGGGCAGGGUGGAAAGGAUGUUGUGGCACGACUAUUACCUUGAAUUUGAUUGGUCGCUUGUGCGUGAAACACUCCGUCCCUCUUUAAACUGUGGUCAGGUUUGGUACAGCCUCUCCUACAGCUGUGUGUUUCUGGCAGCUGGAUGUAGGAGCCGCACUUCUUUAAAAUUGGAAUGGUAAACACUAGCUGGGUUCUUUAUUGUGCGUAAAGAGCUCCACAUCAUGUCCAACAAUGUGUUGAUUAAAAGCCUAGAGGGCCUGUGCCUGGAUUCGGGUUAUAUGACGGGGGAGAACUGCCCGUCACUCAGCCUGUCCUCCUCGGGCAGGUCGGGGCACUCGCAGCCACAUAUUAACACACCUCACCGGGGUCCCAGCUGGCAGCACGCCGGCUCCCUAUACAGCAGAAACGGCAGCUGGGACACUGUGAGCACGCUGCCGGAGGACGUGACAGAUAUCCUAGCUAAAUGCCCCUUUCUGCCCGAGCUGGAAGAGUAUCCCUGGAUCGAACAGGAGCUGCUGGAAGUUGUGCGUAAAGUUACCGGCUCGCGUGCGUCAUACACGAGGGAAGCGGUCCACCGGCUCUCUGUCCUGCUCCGGAGAGCUUUGGUGCGCAUCUCCCGGGAGGCUCAGCGUCUGAGUGAGCUGCACAGGCGGUGCACACGGCUGGAAGUGCAGAGCGCAGUGAGGCUGGUGUUGAGCUGGGGUCUCGCCGAGAAGUGCAUCUCAUCUGCUGUGAAGGCGGUGUCCCUGUACUGCAUGAACUCCGGCAACACCGCGCGUCAGCGCGGCAAGUCCUCGCGCUGCGGGCUCACGCUCUCCGUGGGCCGUUUCUUUAGGUGGAUGGUGGAAACGCGGGUGUCGGUUCGCGUGGACGAGUACGCUGCAGUGUGCCUGGCAGCCUGUGUCGAAACUUUGGCGGAGGAAGUGGCAGGACGUGGGCUGCAGGCGGCGAGGCGGACAGCGGAACAGGAGGGAGGGCAGAUCGACGGGGUCAUCUGCGGUCCGGUGACCACCGAGCUGCUGGAUGGAGCUGUGAGCAACGAUGCAGAGCUGUGGGGGCUGCUGCAGGUCUACGAUCAUCUCAUAUGUGGCAAAAAUGCCAGUGGUGAGCUGUCACUCCCAGCCCACAUCAGCCCAUACACAGAGAGCAGGGAAGAUGCCUACAUCCAGAUGGAGCUGCGGAUGUUGGAGCAGGCGCUCCUUGCCACCUGCGUUGGCAGCAUUGGAGAGCUCAGUGAUCUGGUGUGUCGAGCAAUGCACCACAUGCAGCGUCUAAGAAGCUCGAGUCCCUCCAUCAGCCACUCUUCCUCAGCCAAUCAGAUGCCAGUAUCCUGGGCUCCAGAUGCCCUCCGCACACUCUACUACUUCCUGUCCAGCCCACAGAUGGAAUCAUUGGAGAAUCCCAACCUUGACCCUCCAACCACGACACUGAGCAGAGAGAGGCCAUUCCUGCUCCUCCCUCCUCUCAUGGAGUGGAUCCGUGUUGCCGUGGUGCACACUGAACAUCGCCGUAGCCUAUUGGUCGAUAGUGAUGAUGUCAGACAGGCGGCCAGACAGCUUUUGCCAGGACUAGACUGUGAGCCCAGGCAGCUGAGGCCAGAGUGCUGUUUCCAGUUGUUUAAAUGUCUGGAUGCAGAAGCUGCUUCAGCUAAAUUCCAGUUGGAUUUAGGAUUCAGGAUGCUCUCAUGUGGCCGAGCAGACCUGCUCCACCACGCCGCCCGGCUUCUAGGAGCUGAAGGUGUCAACACUAUAGACGAUCAGGGAAUGAGCCCUCUAAUGUACGCCUCAGCAGCAGGAGAUGAGGCACUAGUGCAGAUGCUUAUUGAAGCCGGAGCUCACCUGGACAUGCAGGUCCCUGGCAGCUCUGCCAAACAUCCGUCUGUUUACCCAGGCAGUCGGCACUGGGUGGCCUUAACAUUUGCUGUGCUUCACAGUCACCUGUCCGUGGCUCAGCUGCUUUUGGAGGCCGGUGCAGACGUGGAGGGUGGAGCCUUGCUGGACAGUCAGGAGAGCUCAGCUGAGACACCGCUACAGCUGGCUGCUGCAGCAGGUUACUACGACAUGGUUAGCCUGCUACUCGCUCACGGAGCAGACCCUCUGAUCAAAGUGCAUCAUGGGAAUUCACCGCUGUAUGAAGACAUGAACUGCUUUAGCUAUGCAGCAGCACAUGGGCACAGAAACAUCCUCAGGAGGCUUCUGCAGCAGCCACAGCAAACGAAGGAGGACAUCCUCUCUCUGGAAGAGAUCCUGGCUGAAGGAGUGGAGGAUGAGGAGGAAGAGGAAGUAAAAAUUUCAACACAGCCUCUAGCUCCUGACCCUCCAAGCAUUGUUCCGAGUUUGUGUAAGAACAGGAUGAAAGCCCUGCAGCAGGCAGCCUACUACAGCGCGGAGCACGGCUACCUGGACGUCACCAUGGAGCUCACAGACAUGGGUGUCCCCUGGAGGCUGCACAUCUGGUUAGAGUCUCUGCUCAGAGCCCAACAGCUGUGUAGGGACGAUGUCAUCAUUUCCCUCCUCACAGAGUUCGCCUCUAUCAGGACGGAGGAUUACAGCCCCGGGCUUCUCUCCACAGGCAUCCCGCUCAUGUUCAGCAUGUUGGAGACCAGUAAGGACUACGUGGUAACAAAGCGUCUGGCGACUGUCUUUUCUCUCUGCUACGGCUCGUCUCCCGUUCCUCCGGUCCCACCUUUGGACGUCACUCUGUCCACACAGCUGGAUAUUCAUUUUCUGAACAACAAAGAGAUGUCAGAUGUGACAUUCAUGGUGGACGGACGCCCAUUCUUUGCACACCGAGUGCUGCUGAUGUCUGUGUCAGACAGGUUUCGCCAGCUGCUCACAGAUUCCCCCGAUAACAUCGUCCACAUCAAUCACAUGACCUACGGCACCUUCCAGAUGAUAAUGACGUCUCUGUACUGUGGAGGAACUGAGGGGCUGUCUGUGUCUCCCUCUGAAGCCUUGAAGCUGUUGCCAGUGGCCACUUUCUACCAGCUCCGAGGUCUGCAAAGAUGCUGUGAAAUGUCACUGUCGCAAAGCCUUACUCUGGACAAUGCUGUCAGCAUCUACAAGGCUGCUAAGCACCACGGAGCAGCUGAACUCUGCAGGUUUUGUGAAGGAUUCUUCCUGCAGAACAUGGAUCAGCUCCUGGACAGGGAGGACUUCCACAGCCUGCUGCUAGGAGGUCUCAGUCAAGAGCUGCUAUACCCAGGGCUGGGCACCCGGUCUGGAGUGGACCAAGAUCAGGAUCUACCGGUCCUCCUAAGGGACUUGGAGAAUGUACUUAUCCAGAGACUUUAUAUCCUCCACUCUGCAUGUCGAGAGUAGAAAUGGUGGAAACGUGGACUGUGUUCAGCCACACUCGUACGUGUAUCUGAGAAUAGAAGCCAUACUGUAUAUAGUGUAGACACAUUUUAGUGUAGAAGAAUCCCAGUGUCAAUGAUCGUAAUUAACAGGUCUUAACUGGUUGAAGGUUUUCCUGUUACUCUGGAUUUGACUCUGAUGUUGGUCAGAAAAAAGGAUUAAUGUCACGUUUGGCUCUAGUAAGCUGUGAUGAGUAAACGGAUCAUUUCUUCAUUUUAUUUUUCAGAGUUUUCACUUGGAGGAUGUGUGUUUAAUAAAGAGCUUGACAUUAUCUCAGACCACUUGUUCAAAGCAGGUGUGUUAGCAUUACUGCCUGGAAUUUUAGCCCAUAUUCCGGAAGCAUGCCAACACAGAAAUAUCAGUACUCAUUUAAAAUGCAACCUUAGGAAAACAUUUUCUACUCUGACUUGCUGUCAGAUUCAAUCCUGUUUUUGUGGUAAUCUGAAAAACUGUUGCUAGAUUUUAUUAGCUAGCUCAGCGGUCCCCAACCCCCGGGCCACGUACCGGGCUGCGAGACUUGAGGCUCGGGUGUGAAAUUUAUGUUUUUCAGGGUUUUUAGCUUUAUUUUUUAAAAUCGUUUUUACCGUUAAC